AUGUCGAAAAUUAGUCAAAAUAGUGAUUUAAGCAGUUUAAACGAGCCAAAUAGCCCAUAUGUAACUCCAGGGUGUGAAAAAAACUCGUUCGAAACUAAUAUUAAUACGCUGAGAGGAUCCCGUGUGCAAGCACCCGAUGAUUCACUUCUCAUAAAUGGUGAUUGCGAUUAUGCUUUGGAACUCCGAGCCUUCAAAUACCAAGUUAUCAAGAAAAUGGACAUGCAAACAAGAGCUAUUAUGGAUCUUCGAGAUUAUGUGUAUUUCUGA